UGUGUGUGUGUAGACAUGAGUUUCAGAUUUAAUUCUGAAUCCCUUCUUCCAGUGGUAUGUGCGGAGCCCGACAGCUUGCCAGGCGUGCUGAAAGAUCUUAACAUAGCACUGUCCUCAUUUGGUGAAAACCCGACAGACCAAGACCUUGCUGAUCUUGUUUCCUGCGCUGCUCAUCAAACACUAACUGUUUUCUCACAGGUGGCUCGGGGCAAGAAAGAUCUAAGCGCUUCAGACCGAGCUGAAUCUGAGCGUCUUCUCCAGCAAUUGACUGGACACAGAAUGGCAGGGAUUGCAGCUGUUGUGUCUCAGAACCAAAGCUACAAUGAAGCUAAAAGAUCUGCUCUGGAGCUCCGUCUGUCUGAACUGACGUCCCGGCAGCAGGAAAUCCAAGGUGCCCUAAGGGAAGUUCACGAGGGCAGCCUUGGUGCAUAAGAACAAAACACCCGGUCGCGACACUUAGGAUAUGCCAGUGUCUACACUGCGUCCUUCAGCGAGGACUGGAGUUUAUAAUGACAUUCAUACUAAUUUACAAACCGCAUAGCUGCUGUGGCUGAUGUUCGGUUAAAGCACAUUAGUGCGAUCUGGUUUAUGAAAAAAAUCAAUGAAUCUAGUGGCACUUUUGUAGCCUCACAGUUUACAAAAUAUCACUGUUAUGCUUAUUAAAGCUUUUUCUUUCCACUGCAGAUUGGUUACACUUUUUAUCAUAUAGUAUAUAGAGUUAAAAUGGAAAUUAUCAUUAAAACAUAAA